UUUAUCUUGCACAAAUUACUGAGUUUCAAACAUGAACACAAAUAGUGGUGACCAACUGAAAGCUGCAGCUGAAACAGGUGAUAUAGAUCUCCUGUACACAGUAAUUCAUGAUGAUCCAUCCAUUUUGGAGAUUAUUGAUUCAAUACCAUUUGUUGAAACUCCUUUGCAUAUUGCCGCAUCUUGGGGGCAUAUCCAUUUUGCCAUUGAGGUUAUGAAUUUAAAACCUUCAUUUCUUUGGAAGCUUAAUCCCCAAGGAUUCAGCCCUGCUCAUCUCGCUAUGCAAAACGACCAAAAGAGGAUGUUGUCUCGGUUUGUUGACAUGAAUAAAGAUCUUGUUAGAAUCAAAGGGAGGGAAGGAUUAACUCCUCUUCAUUUUGCAUGUCAAAUCGGAGAGGUUGAACUUUUAGCUGAAUUCCUCAUUGCUUGUCCAGAUUCCGUUGAAGAUAUGACUGUGAGGGGUGAGACUGCAUUGCAUAUUGCUGUCAAGAAUGAACAGUACGAAGCUCUUGAUCUUCUUGUUUGCUUUCUUAGAAAAAAUAUCGUGAGAGGUGCUGGGAGGACUCAAUAUAAAAUACUCAAUUGGAAGGAUACGGAUGACAACACCAUUUUGCACAUUUUAGCACAGAGAAAUUUCGAGCCACAGGUAGUAAAGGCACUUGGAUUGUUGUUAAAGACUAGGAUAAAUUUGAUGGCAAAGAACUUGCAGAACAAAACUGCCUUGGACAUGGCAGGCAAUGUAGAUAUAAGGAGUAUAAUCGAACUCAGAUCAAAAUCGAACUCACAAAUCAGCAAUGCUCCCACACUUGCACAUAAACUCAGAUCAAAUACCACAAUCAGACAUAAAGUGAGAAUUUGUAUACUUCGCAUUAGAAGUAAUAUAUUAGAGGAACAACGUAACACUUGGUUGAUAGCUGCGACGCUUGUUGCAACAGCCACCUAUCAAUCAGGACUGAGUCCCCCUGGUGGAAUUUAUCAGGUUAGUGCUAGCGAUGACCAUAAUAUGAACAUCACUUCCUCCAAUUCUACUAUUUCUACACCAAAAAAUGCUGGGUUUUCAGUCUUGUCAGGACCAGGAUUCUUUAUGUUCUCAAUUUUGAAUAUGACUUCCUUCUUUUUAUCAACUAUAGCAAUAAUUAUUAUGAUACCAAGUGGAACAAUGGACGGUGUAGUGGUUGUUCCAGUUCUCUCUUUUACCCUUAGUUAUUUAUUUUCUAUGAUUAUGAUAUCCCCUACUUUUGUCAAUUCAAUGAUUCUUCUCUUCGUGCUUUAUUCACUUGGGGUUGUCCUGUGGAUCGAUGUUUUUUUAGGAAUGUACUAUGGUCUUAAGCCUGUAAUUGCUAAGAAAUUGAAUAUAUUAUCAUUAAAGCAAUAUUGUUGCAAUAGGAGAAACACCAGUCAUGGUUUAUGAUCCAGAGAUAGAUGAUGUCUGCAACUCAAACUGCUGCACGAAUUCACAGACAAUAUCGCAACGUUGAUUUGUAGUUUUCCUUGUCAUUGUUUCUUUUUAACUUUAGCUAAUUGUAAUUCCAUGUAUUAAAUAUUUUAGUCAUAUAGCUUGUUUUUUAUUCAA